AUGCGCUGCUCGAUCCGUCAUCCUCGAGCAACGCUUCUCCUUGUGCAGCUGCUGGUGGUUGUGCUCGGAUGCACAACGCUGCUUUCACCUGGCGCUCUCGCGCUGCAUCCGUGCUCCGUGUGCAAAUGUCGAGAGGAAACCAUCGAAAACUGCAAACCCGGCGUUGCAAUUUUCCCGUCGAUGCUCUCGCCGUCUCCAAUUCGGACCCUCGAUCUGAGCGGCACCAGCAUCAGUUCAAUCCCGUCGAAUGCGUUCGACCAUUUCACCGACUUGGAAGUCUUGAAGUUGAGCAACACCAGCAUUACAUCCAUCCCAAGCUCGGCGUUCGCGCAGCUGACCCAGCUGAUCACCCUCAAUCUCCCACUGACACUCGAGGAGUUGCAGUCGAACGCCUUUCAGGGACUUGCCGCGACCGACAUCGAACUUGGCUUUACAGCUACCGCGAGCGUUGCCGCCAACGCUUUUGAAGGACUUUCGUCUGUCACCACACUCCACCUCUCGGUGAGCGAGAUCGGUACCAUCACUAAUCAACUGUUCGCGGAACUUUCUCAGCUUCGAAAACUCGAUUUUUCCGGUUCGUCGCUGACACGCCUCCCGUCCGGUGCCUUUGCAUCCUUGGAUAAGUCCGCUCUCACAUCCUUUUCCCUGAGCAACACGCAACUCUCCACCAUCGUCGGGAACGAGUUGGAAUUGUUGGAUAAAUUGGAAAGUUUGAACAUUGCCAACAGCAAACUCACGGCGAUUUCCAGUAGCUUGUUUCCUGCUUCGUUGCUGACUCUAUCCCUGGCUGGCAACCCAAUUACGGACAUUCCUGCUAACCCUUUCGCAAACCUGAAUCUUUUGCAAACACUCGAUCUGUCCGGGCUGCCCUUCACAUCGCUUCCGCAGGCAUUCUUGAAUGACUUGACGACAACGCUGACCACCUUACACCUUACGGGCUGUGCCAUCACGACCUUGCCCUCGAGCGCGUUUCCGGGAAUGAGUUCCCUGGUAACUCUCAUGUUGCGGGACAACCCGAUUGAAUCCGUGGCAGACAACGCAUUCACUGGCCUUACGUCGCUGCAAAACUUAGACUUUUCGUAUCUUCCCGGCGUAACUGUGUCAAGCAUGAGUUUCGUCGGGCUGAGUCAGCUGACUUCACUGGGCCUUUCGGUCGCAGCUCUCGAUUCGAUUUCCGGCCAAUUGUUCAACGAGCUGACGGCCUUGUCUCGCAUUGGUAUCAUCAACUCGCCCUUGACGUCACUGCCUGCGGCGGCUUUCGCAAGUCUUGGCACGCUAUCUUCCUUAACAAUUGACGGGGCGCCGCAAUUGACAAGCAUCCCCGCAAAUGCGUUUAACGGGCUGACAUCCCUCCUUAAGAUAACGGUGACACAUGCAGCAGUCACUAGUGUGCAUGCACAAGCUUUUAAUGCUCUUUCUCUCUUGACAUCAGUGAAAUUGAACCUGCACACGCACGUCCCGACCAGUUUGUUCGAUGGCCUUGCUGGUCUUCAGGUCUUGUCGUUGGAUGCGCCUUCCAUCACAGUCGCCACGAACGCCUUUUCGACCCUGCCGUCUCUGACAAGCUUGUACGAGCUGUUGACCUCGCUCGCGGGACCGAUUUCUGGAUUGAACUCCUUUGCAAACUUGCCCACGCUGACAUCGAUGGUGUUGGACCUGACACCAAGUGCCAGCAUUGCUGGUAAUGCUUUAGCUGGGCUUCCGUUGCUCACUCAAUUAUCUCUGGGAAUCACACAGUUCGGUGGCGCUACUUCGUCACUGUUUGCCCAACUUCCCGAGCUUCAUAUGCUUGACAUGAGCAGAUCCAAAGUCGGUGUUCUUCCUGCUCACGCCUUUGAAGGACUUUCUCAGCUGCAAUCGCUAACUUUUGGUUCCGAAGGAAUCAUCACGGCAGUCUCCAGUCAAGCCUUUUCCGGGCUCACUGUAAUGUCUUCUCUCUCUAUGUGUUGCAAUCCGGGGCUCAGUAGCCUCCCAGCAGAUCUCUUUAAAGGCUUGACUCUCGCUAUCAUCGAUCUGAGCAACAACGGGUUGAGAACCCUGCCCCCUGGCUUGUUCAAAGGUCUGACUCGGUUGUCAAACACUACCUCCCUUCACGGCAACCCGUUCCCCGGUCCGAACGCUCCGCCCAGUACGUACGGAGACUACUACAAUCCCAAGCCCUGCCACGCUUUGUGCGCAACCUGUUUUGCUCAGGGCGCUGCUUCGUGUUGCAGCAGCAACUGCCUGUAUUGCUCCUCGUCUUCCAACUGCUCGGUGUGCUACCUUGGCUUUAGGUUGGAGAAUGGUACUUGCACCGUCGCUCCAACUGGCAACGAUGACAACUCCUCCAUCUAUCCCAUCAUCGGCGCCGUUGUUGGUGCCCUUCUGUUGCUACUUUUGAUUCUCGCGUUGAUCAUGCGUCACCGUACCCGCCCCUCCUCCAAACCCAAGCCGGCUCGCAAGUCCCGUCCGACGACAUCCAACGCAACGCCAAUCUACGCAAACCCGAUCGGCGGCAGCAAGGGCCAAGGCGUCAGCAGCAAGCCUAGCAAUCCUCCUGUCCAGCCCAGCUCCUCUCACACGUACGCGACAAUGUCCGUCGGGCAAAACCCCGUUUACGAACCGCUGUCGACAGACACCACGUACGCCCAACCGGGAGAAGGCCAUGUGACUUACACCGUUCCGGGCGGUGCAAUGGGCACUGUCACCUACGCAGAACCCGCAGUGACGGCCAAAUCUACUGCGUUGCCGUCAAAGGGCGGUGCCACAGCGUAUGCCACAGUUGCCAAUGCCAAUCCGACUUACAAUUGA